AUGUUAAGUGAUAGCGUUGCUAUCAGUGUUCCUCUCAGAUCUGAUGAUGAAACCAAAACAAAUAUUAAUAAUGACCCACCUGCUUAUGAAAAUCCACAACUUGAUUUUAGUGGCGAAUGGAAAGAUCGUGGCUUUGCUAUUGCAUUCUGGAUUCAUACAAUUGCUGUCAUCUUAGUGGGCUUAAUUUUAGGUAUACCAACUGUAAUUUCGCAUAUGAAGGAUAUAUCAUCGUAUAAAUGGGACAUCGAACCUUUAGUUUACUCAUUGGGCGGGGCAGCAGUUGUUAGUGGAAUAGUCUCUUUUCUCUCACUUUUCGCUCUUCAACUAUGUGCUGGUCAACUUAUCAAAUGUUCAUUUUUGAUACUUAUCAUCAUGCAAAUUCUGAUGGGAAUGGCUCUUUUUUUCGUAUUUCCCCCAUUGUGCUUCCUGCCAGGAGCGUUUAUAUUAUUCACGUUGAUUUAUAUAUCAUGCGUUCGAAAUCGUAUUGCUUUUGCCGAAGCUCACUUACAAGCAGGCUGUGCUUCUCUACGUAGUCAUUCAUCGUUGAUAUUGGUAGCACUCGUCAUGCUCAUAGUAGAGUUUCUGUGGCUUGUCUUCUGGUGUCUGAUGUUCGCCGGUGUUAUACGUGUCGUACUUAUUAAUUUAGAACCGAAUCCGACUUCUAAUCUUGGAAUAGUGCUUUAUUUUUUGAUUGGUAAACUCAUUUUAUUUUUACUAUUAUUGUCAUGUUAUUGGGGUGCAAUUACAUUUGGAAAUAUUAUUCAUUUCAUAACAGCAUGUACUGUUGGUGACUGGUGGUUUACUAGUGACGGCAGUGGACACUAUGGAAUGAGCAAUAGUAUCAAGCGUGCAUUUACAACAAACCUAGGAACUAUUUGUUUUGGUUCACUUUUUGAAGCUAUAAUAAAAACUUUACGAUUCUUGAUAGGUGAUGGACAUAGAAAGAAUUGUUUAACUUGUAUUAUUGACUGUGUUCUUCGGAUGAUCGAAAAAUUAAUUGGUUAUCUCAACGAAUGGGCAUUUACUUUUGCAGCACUUACUGGUCAAGGAUAUGUUCAAGCUAGUCGAAGUUUUAUAGAAUUGUUUAAAAAACGUGGUUGGACAGCAGUUAUCAAUAAUAGCAUUGUUGCAACUACAUUAAUGAUUAUUAAUCUUGGAAUAGGUCUAAUUUCAGCUGUUGUUGGUGGUACAAUCAUCUAUAAUAUGAUAGCUGAAGCGUCAGAAAACAUUGGAUUGGUAAUGGUUAUAGCCUUUAUUAGUUUUAUAAUCGGUAUACUAAUGAGUUCCAUCAUCACAACACUUUUGAAAUCAUGCGUACGCACAGUAUUCGUUUGUUUUGCUCUCAAUCCAGCUGCAUUGGGUGCAACACAUCCUGAUCAUUUGCAAAAGUUGACGAAAGUUUGGCACAAGUUCUAUCCACAAGAAUUCACCAACAGCGGUUAUGCUAAUGAAUUUAAGGAGCCAAUCGUUUAG